AUGUUAGGAGAGAUUCAGCCUAUUAAAAAUGAGUUAAAAGGUUAUAUUUCAUCAUGUCAAGUAAUUACGGACCUUUCGAUGGCAGUUAAAGAGCUUUUAGAGAACUCAUUAGAUGCAAGAAGUACAAGAAUUGAAAUUCGGCUUAAAAACUAUGGAUUGAAUAGUAUUGAAGUAGUAGAUAAUGGGAAUGGAAUUUCAAUAGAUGAUCUUGAAUGUUUAGCACAACAAAAUGCAACAUCUAAAAUCAGAGAAUUUGAAAAUUUAGAUUCACUUUUAUUAUAUGGAUUUAGAGGAGAAGCGUUAUAUUCAUUAUGCAGGUUAAGUCAAGUACAAAUUAUUACAGCAACAGAAAAAACAGAGCCUCAAGGGAUACAGAUUAUAUAUGAUCAAAAAGCAAAAAUUCUAUCAAAGGAAAUUGUUCCAUCUUGUAAAGGUACAACGGUAAAAGUUGAACAUUUGUUUUCUACGCUUCCAGUUCGUAGAAAAGAAUUUGAAAAAAACCAUAAACAAGACUUUCAAAAGGCACUAGCUAUAGUUCAAGCAUAUGCAAUUAUUAAGGUUGGUGUUAAAUUUUUAGUAACACAUCAAUUGCCAAAUAAGCCAAAAGUAACUCAUAUUUCAACAAGUGGCAAUGAAAAUUUAAGGGAAAAUGUAGCAAAUUUAUUUGGAGCAAAUGUACUUUCAACAUUAGUGAAUAUGGAGUUUGAAAUGACAAUUUUAGAUUUAUAUAAAAUAAAUGUUUCGGGGCUUAUAUCUAGACCAUUUUUUAAAGAAGAAUGUUUGAUUUCAAAAAAGCAAUAUGUUUAUAUUAAUUCUCGGCCUUGUUUAUUACCGCAAAUAACUCGUACAAUUACAGAAAUCUACAAAGUAUAUACUGUAUCUCAACGACCGUUUAUUAUAGCGAAUUUUAUAAUGCCUUCAGAUUCUUAUGAUGUGAAUGUAUCUGUAGAUAAAAGAACAAUUUUCUUGCACAAUGAAAAAGAAAUUAUUUCUGAACUUAAGCUUCAUUUAAAUAAGCUGCUUCAGAAUAUAUCAGUUGAUCAAAAUUUCUUUUUUUCAAAUCAAAUACCUAUUAAUAAUGUUUCGAAUAUAUCUAAAAAUAUUGUUUUAGAAAAAAAGAAAGUAACAACAGGAAUUCAUGAACAUUUUAAGAUAGAAAAUAGUAAAAAUACCCAGGAUAUUCUAAAAGAAAAAUCAGAUCUUAAAACAGAGUCGCCUACUAGUAUUCCUAGUUUAAAUAAGCUAAUUUCUGAAACUGAACAUCAAGAAACAAUAAAUACUUUAUUUGAAGAAAAAAGUAUAUCUGAGGAUCCACAUAAUAAAGAAUUGACAACAAAUAAAACUAUUUCACCUUUCAAAAAUGUAGAAAAUAAUAAAUUUAGUACUUUAACGAACCUUAAACGAAAAAACAUGCCUAUUUUUUCAGAAAAAACUUCGGAUAGUAGAGAUGCACAAUUUUCAAAUCUCAAUAUUAGAUCUGAUUCUCAACUUAAAAAAAGUUCUACUGACAAUUCUGAUAAACAUGGACAAAAAAAGUUUAUAGAUGAUUAUUCUUAUAGAAAUAUGAAUAAAACAGAAAACACUAUGAUAUCUGAAUCCAAAAAUAAUAAAUCUAUUACUCAUGAAGUUACUAAUCUUAACAUUUUGGAAAAUAAAAACCAGAAUUUAGAAACUUCAACUAAACCAAAGACUCAAAAAGUUUCGGAUAAUAUAAAUCUUAAACGUUUGUCUGAAUAUGAAUGUCGACAGCUUACUACUUCUAUAUCUAUAUCAAAAGACCAAAUUAAGGAAAAAUUUUUAAGAACUUUUAUAAAUAAAACUCAUAAUUCGAAAAUAGAGCCGUCAGAUACAUAUACUAUGUCUCAAGAACAAUCUGAAAAUCAACUCAAUUCAACAUUAGCUAAAGAAGACUUUUUUAAUAUGAGAGUUAUAGGACAGUUUAACCUUGGCUUUAUUAUUACAUCUUUACCUUCAAAUGAAAAAGAUUAUAUUUCUAACAUAUUUAUUAUUGAUCAACAUGCAAGUGACGAAAGGUAUAAUUUUGAAAAACUUCAAUUAAAUACAACCAUGGACAGUCAAUUAUUAAUAAAACCAUACGAAUUAGUUCUUACUAUUAUAGAGGAGUCUAUCAUUAUAGAACAUGUAGAAAUUUUAGAGAAGAAUGGUUUUAAAAUAGAAAUUGAUUAUAAUAAAGAUCCUGGAAAAAGAUGUAAACUAUUGUCUUUACCUCAAGCAAAACAUAUUACUUUUGGAAUUGAAGGAAAAUAG